UUUCGAGUAACUGUACCAACGGACGCUACGGGAGUCCGCAGCCGGCAUAGGUUCAGUUGGCAGCAGUACGCACAACGAGAAGCAUUACCAUGGCCGAUAUCUCCAAGGACGAGAUCCGUAAGGAGAUCACCGCUAUUCUAAAAGAUGCUGAUCUUACUACAAUGUCUGCAAAGAAAGUAAGGCAACAGAUAGAAGAGAAAUUGGAUGUUGAUCUCACAGAAAGAAAAAAAGAAGUAGACGAUUUAGUGAUGGAGUGUCUACAAGAAAAACAAGAUGGUGGAAAGAAAAAGAAGAAGGCUGCGAGUGAAGAAUCUGAAGAUGGAGAGGAGGAAGAAGAAGAAGGUUCGGAGGAAGAAGAAGAGGAAGAGGAAAAGAAGCCGGCUAAAAGAAGUCCUACUAAGAAAACAUCUAGUAAGCGUAAGAAAGAUUCCUCUGCCGAUGAAGAAAGUGCUAGUGAUGAAGAUGCUAGUGACGAAGAAUAUAGUCCACAGAAGCCAAAGGCAACACCUAAAAAAGGAAAACCUGGCAAAAAAGGCAAGAAGAAGGGUAGCGACAGUGACAGCGAUGAGGACUGGGGUAAAAACAAAAAGGCUCCAGGAAGUGCUGCUAAGAAAGGUGGCGGUAAGGGCAAGGGUGGAGGGUAUACUCGUGCUAUUACAUUGUCUCCGGAACUAGCAGCUGUUGUUGGUGCAGAUCAAAUGGCUCGACAUGAAGUUGUAAGGAAAGUAUGGAGUAUUAUCAAAGAAAGGAAUCUUUAUGACCCGAAAAACAAACAGUUUGCAAUUUGUGACGAUGAAUUGAUGAAAAUUAUUGGUGUAAAGCGUUUUAGAACCUUUGGUAUGAUGAAAUACCUCAAAAAUCACUUUUUAAAUUAAAUCACUCAAUCCCGAUCUCUGACAGGUUAUAAACAUUGUAUAACAUAUUCCAAGGCGGACUGUGCGCCUCUCCAUCUUUCUCACACAAUACAUGCAUAAAUACAUAUACAUGAAACACAAAACAUAUUUGAAAAUAAGACUAGCCAUGUUUACAUCAUUCCGAUGUGCUCCGUCGAUCAUGAUAACAGCUCUUUCUCUCUUUCUCUCUCUUUCUCUUCUCUUCUAAAUAUUGUAUUUAAUUUCUGUGAUUUAUGGGCAUAGUCGAGUUGUCGAAAAGGCAAAUAAGUUUAAACGAACGUCCUUUAAUGUUGUAGGUAGGAACUUAGAGCUGUUAUCAAGGUCGUUCAAAUGAUUUCGAAAUGUGAAAGAUAAUUAAGGUGGCCAAGAAUUAGUAAACUGAUCUUAUUUUAUUACAUUCAGAAUUAAAACUUAUAAUCUGCGCGUGGUGGUCUCAUUAUAAAUAAUUACUUACAUGAAAUAUUCAGUAAAGAUGUAUUGUGGCUAUGCAAAUAAGAUGUUCAUAAGAAAAUAUUCAGACAGAGGAAUAAUAAGAUUGAAAAUGUCUGAAUACUGUUUUAAAAUUAUUGUUAAUUUUAUUAUGUGACAUCAUUAUCUCAUUGACUUAACUCGUAUCUUAUAUUACCUUUGAGAAAGUUCUACUUCGAUAAACAAUGGCCGCCCGAUGGCAUAAACCAUUCUACGUGAUCUUGUGCGUUCUGUAGUCCAUACAGUCCGCUCGGUUAUUAUUUUAUGUUGUUUUCAAUUUAUUUUUAGAUUCAUUAUUGAUUUAUUCUUUGAGAGUGGAUGCAUAGGGAUAAAUUGUUUUGCCACCAAAGGGUAAAGAAAAUACGUGGAAAAAGUUGAUUAAAUAGAGUUAAAAGAAAAAGAAGAAAAAAAGUAAUAAUAAUAAAUAAAAAAAAAGCGGACAGAUAAACGAUGCAAAAUCAACAUCCUGUACCUCUUCUGUAUAAUAGCUACAUUAUACAUUGAAAUUAAUUCUUAAGCGAAGUUUAAUUGUAUUAUCGUGUAAUUACUAAUUAUUGUCGUAAUAAUAGGUUUCUUGGUGUAAAAAUUGACCUAACUUUUAAGAUCUAAUCCUAAAGUGAUGUAUUCAGUAAAAAUUAAUGACGUAUGCAUACAAAAACAUAAUAAUAAUGUGCUUAAAUGAUCACAGCACAAUAUGGAGAAAUAAGGAAUAAAUAUAGGCUCUCACGGGGCGAGGUGUGGAAAUAAUUCCGGGUUUUACGGUUUGUUGUCCGCUCCUCAUCGACGUGGUGGAAAAAUUUGUGUAUUUUGAAUAUAAAUUAAGAAAGUGCUCUGGCCUAUAUAUCUCGAUGGGAAGAAAAGUCGCACGGGAGAAUUCAUAGCGAACAGUUUUUGCGUAAACGAAAUCAUUACACGAAAAAAUAAGAUAUGUGUACACGGAAAAUUAUAUAUUAUGAUACAUAUAAUAAUAAUAAUAAUAGUUUGUU